CUUGUUCUGCACUUGUUUCAUCAGAGCUUCAUCAGAACCAAAGCUCAUUGAUGGGGAAUCGGCCUCCAGCACCUCGACCGGCGCCUCCCCCUCAGCUACCUCCCCCGCAGCCGGCUCCCGCUCCUCCACCUCCACUUUUAACAGAUCCAUGGAGAGAAACAACAUGGGGAAGUGAAAAAAACCAGGAACUUCUGCAGUACGUGAAGAAUUUUCAACCUCAAAAUGAAAAAGUCGAAGCCAUCAGAGUUUUACUCUGUGGACCAGUUGGUGCAGGAAAGUCCAGCUUCAUCAACUCCGUCAACAACGUCCUGCAAGGGAGAAUGACCAAUGAGGCUCUGGCCAGUUCCACAACCUCUGAUCAAAGUUUUACAAAAAUUUAUAAAACCUAUAAAAUCAAGAAAGAAGGCAAGGGGAACUUUUAUUCCUUUGUGUUCAAUGACGUCAUGGGUCUGGAGGAAGGAACUGGAGUCAGAACAGAUGACAUCAAAAUAGCUUUGAAGGGACACGUGAAGGAUGGAUAUAAGUUCAAUCCUGUAUCUUCUCUUUCUGAAGAUGAUCUUGGCUACAACUCUUCCCCGUCCAUCAGUGACAGAGUUCAUGUUCUGGUCUGCAUUUAUGACGCUAAUGCGCCAGAAAUGAAGUCGUCUGUUUUACAGAAAAUGAAGGAAAUCAGAGAAGCAGCCAGUGAGCUGGGAAUCCCUCAGCUGGCGAUUCUCACCCACGUUGAUGAAGCCUGUGGUGAAACAGAGAAAAAUCUGAGAAACGUCUACAAGAGCAAACAUUUAAAGAAAAAGAUGGGUGACUUCAGCUCCAGCCUGGGGAUCCCAAUGAACUGCAUCCUCCUAAUGAAGAACUACAGCAAAGAAAUUCAGCUGAAUUCAGACGUCGACACUCUGAUCCUGAGUGCUCUGAGGCUGAUGGUUGAUUUUGGAGACGACUACGCCGACAAACUGUGAAGCCACAAAACUGUUUGUGGGGAUAUGCAUGAAAAUCACAGCAGUAAUACAGUUUAUAUCAGUUAAAAUUAUGAGCUGA